CCCUGGGGAGGGCGCUGCGCCUGCGCCGGAACGGCCGGCUCGCUCCCGGAAGUGGAGGGUCUGACAGGAGAGAGCCGCUGGGUCUCGGCGCCCGGAGGCAGAAACGCUCGCGAAUCUCGCCCGUCAGCCGCCGACUACCAUGUCAGCCUUCGACACCAACCCCUUCGCGGACCCAAUGGACGUGAACCCCUUCCAGGAUCCCUCUGUGACCCAGCUGACCAGUGCUCCACAAGGUGGCCUGGCUGAGUUCAACCCCUUCUCAGAGCAGACAAAUGCAGCAACAACGGUUCCUGUCACCCAGCCCCCUGGGCCCUCGCAGCCAGCAGUUCUCCAGCCCUCAGUGGAACCAACCCAGCCAACCCCCCAGGCUGUGGCCUCUGCAGCCCAGGCAAGCCUACUCCGGCAGCAGGAAGAACUGGACAGGAAAGCUGCCGAGCUAGAACGAAAGGAACGGGAGUUGCAGAACACUGUGGCCAACUUACACGUGAGAGAGAACAAUUGGCCGCCUUUGCCCUUGUGGUGCCCUGUCAAGCCCUGCUUCUAUCAGGACUUCUCCACAGAGAUCCCUGCUGACUACCAGCGAAUAUGCAAGAUGCUCUACUAUCUCUGGAUGUUGCAUUCAGUGACUCUGUUUCUGAACCUGCUUGCCUGCCUGGCCUGGUUCUUAGUCGACAGCAGCAAGGGAGUAGACUUCGGCCUCUCAAUCCUGUGGUUUGUGAUCUUCACCCCCUGUGCCUUCCUUUGUUGGUACCGACCCAUCUAUAAGGCCUUCAGGUCUGACAACUCUUUCAGCUUCUUCGUGUUCUUCUUUGUAUUUUUUUGUCAAAUAGGGAUCUAUGUCAUCCAGUUGGUCGGCAUCCCUAGCCUGGGAGACAGUGGUUGGAUUGCAGCCCUGUCUACGCUGAAGCAAGACUUGGCUGUGUCGAUCAUCAUGAUGGUGGUGGCUGGCUUCUUCACACUCUGUGCCGUGCUCUCACUCUUCCUUCUAAAGCGGGUGCACUCUCUGUACCGCCGGACUGGGGCCAGCUUCCAGCAGGCUCAAGAGGAAUUUUCCCAGGGCAUCUUCAGCAACAGGACCUUCCGCAGUGCUGCCUCAUCUGCUGCCCGAGGAGCCUUCCAAGGGAAUUAGUCCUGACUCUCCUCCCUGUGCCCCAGCCUUUUUUCCUGCCUGCCUUCUGAGCUGCACUUUCCGUGGGUGCCUUAAGCAGUGCUAUGGCCAGCACAGACCUGGGAGGGUCUUGCUGUGGCUCUUCCUCCUUCCUCAGCAACCAGCUCUCCCUUCCACCCGAGGGAAGGGGCGGAGGGACAGGAACUUUUUUACACAAGAGAAAAGAAAAAACACAACAAAGUUUUCCUUCUCUGG